UUAAACCUCCUAUUUUUUUUCUUGCGUUUUAUUUUUUUUAUUUUUGUUUUGGUUUUUUUUUUUUUUUCAUUUUUUUCCUCUUUUCUUGUUUCCUCUCUUCUCUUUCUUCUUCCUAGAUGGAAACACGGGCAUGAAUGGCGCAAGGAAUCCAAUGCCCAGGGGAAAUAACGGAAAGGAGAAAUUAAGAGGAGGAUAGGUAGGGUUUCGAGAAGAGUUUUGGAGAAGAAGAAUCCAAGGGCGGAGAAUUAAAUUCUAGGGUUCGAGUUCUUUUUGGGGUGCUAGAGAGAGCUUAUAAAUAGGACAAGCAAGGGUUUGAACACACCAAAGCAACUGAUUCUGGUAUUUACAAGUGAGGGUUUGAGUGAGUGGGAGACGUGUGUGGGGCUUACGGAGUUGGUGGAAGUGUUGUGCGUAGAGGACGAACAAAGUUUCAAGGGUAACAGGUUGUUUUAGUAAAGGACCAAAACCCUGUAAAAGUGUGUUUGGUCUGGUAAAACUAAAGCACCAAAGAUUUUGUUUGAUUCGCUGGCAACUUCAACAGAACUAGAAUCAUCAAUACACAUUUCUUCUCAAAGAUCAUUCGAUUGAAGUCCAAGCACAAAUUAGGAGACAAUUGUAGGCUAAAGAGAGUGAAAUUCAGAUCAGAAUAAUCGAUGGGUAAUUUGCUUGUGAAGAAACCAAAGGUCACAGAUGUUGAUAAAGCAAUCCUCGCUCUCAAGACCCAGAGACGCAAACUCGCACAAUAUCAACAGAAGCUUGAUGCAGUUAUUGAAGCAGAAAAACAGGCUGCACGAGAUUUGAUUCGUGAAAAGAAGAAGGACAGGGCCUUGCUAGCACUGAAGAAAAAGAAGACACAAGAAGAAUUGUUGAAGCAAGUUGAUACUUGGCUUAUAAAUGUUGAGCAGCAAUUAGCAGAUAUUGAACUGGCAAGCAAGCAGAAGGCUGUGUUUGAAAGUUUGAAGGCUGGUAAUGAUGCAAUGAAAGCCAUACAAAGUGAGAUAGACAUUGAUGAUGUACAAAAACUUAUGGAUGACACUGCUGAAGCUAAAGCCUAUCAAGAUGAAAUUAAUGCGAUACUGGGGGAAAAAUUAUCAGCAGAAGAUGAGGAGGAGAUUUUAGCGGAAUUUGAAGACUUGGAAACCCAGCUUACAGUCCAAGAUCUUCCCGAAGUUCCUCAAUCAGCUCAUGAAGAAAUCGAAGAAAAGUUGGACCUUCCUGAUGUCCCAACCAAAGCACCAGUUACCAGUGAUGCUGAAGUAUCUACGAAAAGAAAAGUUAUGGAGGAACCAUUGGCAGCUUGAAGAACACUGCGACCAAAAACACGUGAAUUCUCUGUAAACCAACGCUUGCAAUAUGACUUUGUGUUUGCCUGUAACUUAGAGAUUUCUCUUGCAAAAUUUCUGCACCUACUGAGUUUGAUUGAUUUAUUUGCAGUGGCAUUUAAUUUGUAUAGAUUUCCAUGUAUAAUUAUACAUGACUUUUAACAAGAGCUAUAGACUGAUUCAUAUGUUUUGUUCC